CGUGAAGUAAUUCAUUGUAUCAGAUUGAGAGGAAGCAACGAGCGACUCAACUGGUCGGCGACUCUGCACCGGGAAACACCAAGAAAUCCGACUGCAAGCCAUAUAAACUGCAGGGAUGGCAGCCAUCCGUAAGAAGCUGGUGAUCGUGGGGGAUGGAGCUUGUGGUAAGACCUGCCUUCUGAUCGUCUUCAGCAAGGACCAGUUCCCCGAGGUCUACGUCCCCACUGUGUUCGAGAACUACGUAGCCGACAUAGAGGUGGAUGGCAAACAGGUGGAGUUGGCGCUCUGGGAUACUGCGGGUCAGGAGGACUACGACAGACUGAGACCUCUCUCCUAUCCAGACACUGACGUCAUCCUCAUGUGCUUCUCUAUAGACAGCCCCGACAGCUUGGAAAACAUUCCAGAGAAGUGGACCCCAGAGGUGAAACACUUCUGUCCCAACGUUCCCAUCAUCCUGGUUGGAAACAAGAAAGACCUGCGCAACGAUGAGCACACACGUCGAGAGCUGGCCAAGAUGAAACAGGAGCCAGUGAAGUCAGAGGAGGGCCGGGACAUGGCCGGCAGAAUUGCGGCCUUCGGUUACAUGGAGUGCUCCGCUAAGACCAAGGACGGCGUGCGGGAGGUGUUCGAGAUGGCCACCAGGGCGGCACUGCAGGCCCGCCGCGGAAAGAAGAGCAAUAAAUGUGUCGUGCUGUAAAACGGCUGACAUAUGUGGACUGUUUUCACCCUGGGCUUCUGAACCCAGCAGCUAGGGCUUUGGGAGGGACGGAGGUAUUACUAGAUGGGGGGGGGGGAACGAGUGCAGUAAAUGACUACCGCUGUAAAAUGGCUGUUUGUUGGACUGAAUUUAGCCUGGGACUUGAGUUUGGUGGAGAGGAACGGGUGGGUCGGGGGGGAUGACUACCGCUGUAAACCAUCGGGCUCUUUAUCGGUUUACCAUCAAGUUGGGACAUUUACACCAGCCACCAGCUGAGUGCUGGGACAUUAAUUCUUUUCAUCAAGCCACUUACACUGAUACAGACCAGAUCCUGGUCUAGCUGACCAGUAAAGUUGAUUAAGUUGCUGUUUAAUUAUUGGAUGGUCCAGACUGUGUUCAGUAUGGACAACAACAAAAAAAAUGUUUGGUUUUCCUGCCUGGAUGACUUGACAGAUUGAUGGGAGCAAACAGACAGUAAAUGAGUACCACUGUACGGGGCCACCAGCCGACGAUUUAAACCCGGAAGUAGAGCUGCGAUCCAUGUGGAGUUAGACAGGUGAAGGGAUGGGAAGACUGAAGCGCGGGUGGGACCAUGAUGAGGCCGUAAACACCAAACCUUGCAGCUUGCAGUUUUCAUAUGCCGGGCGGGUUAUUUGAAUGCCCCAAAAAGUAGACAAAUCACCAGUAAACUGUAUUAAUCUACUGCUCCUCAAAAUGGGGAUUCAACCAAGGUUGAGGUUGAUGAGCUUACAGUUCAGUUUGUAAAAUUAGGCAUUUAAAAAAUAGUUUGUUCUGUUCGCGUUGUUUUAGCCACAGUGUUGGUAAGCAAGCGGCCACGUGAUGUCAGGUGCUCCGGUCUAAUGCGUCGUAUCAUCAGAGCGGCGGGGAGCUUCAUGCUCGCAUGUCCAGCUCGGUGCCAUUCGUCUCUCACUGCAGCUAAUCCUGAGCUCACAGUGACAAACAUGUCGAGCAGAGCUCUCGCUGAACUGCAGCUCGUGCACAGUUUGAAUCAAGAGAAAGUUUCCCUCAGCGCUGGUUGUAAAGUAGAGCUUCUUCCUGUGCAUCCUCGCAUGAUCUGUCAUUCAAGUGGCUCUCAUGAAGCUUACUCUCUUCCAGAGGAGCAGCUUCGGGGCUGGACAUUAGGACCCACUAGCUGGUGAAUGUUUACUGAGGCUGGUUUGUCUACUUUAGGAGGUGAUCAGCUGAUCACUAAACGCUCUUCAGACCGUAUCAGUGGAAGUGGCAGGUGAAUUGCGGUCCCACUGGAUGACAACGGUAGUUUUCUGCCCUACAUAGUACAAGCUGCUCCGCUCCCAUCCCUCCCUGAUCCACAUCGCUGACUGCUGGUGCUCAUCUUCCUCUGGUUUUUAAACCAGGACAAAGAACACGGAGAGGAGAGUAUUGUGUUUACAAGCACACCCACACUGAUCUCCUUAUAACGACUAUUCUCUUUUUUUAUUUUUUUUUUUGUGUGUAGGCAUGAAUAAAGUUCAAGUGUACAAUUAUCCACAACUAGUUCAUGUUUGAUCAAAAGAAGGUGCCUGGGAUAUACCACGUUAUCCACCACAUAUACAUGUUUCACCGGUUAACUAUGUUUGCUUGAACAGUUCAACUUAAAAAGACAAACGUGACACUUUUCAUAUCCAGAAAACUCUGCAUGGAAAUGCCAGAAUUGUCAGGUUGGGCUGCCGGAUAUAUUUUUGGGGUAAAACGUGCUGGUGAUCUUCGUCACUAACUAGCAGGGUGAGAAUUAACCACCUGCCUUGUGUAUGUAAUUUUCAUUUUGGGGUAUUUUUUAAGGUCUUUCCCAUUCCUUUAAUGGUAACGGGGGCCAGUCAUAUUUUGGAUUUAUCCUCGGCCAGCCUUCCCUGACUUUUCUGCGUGUUUUACUGGCAGAUGAUUCCGGCUCUCUUUACGGCGUUGAACCCUCCUGUUCUUCUUCCUGGCCUACAGGGAGGACCCUGUUCCAGGAACUUGGUCUUGUGUUGUUUUUAUACUUUAUUUCCUGCUUUUAAGAAAAGAAAAAAAAGUCAUAAAUAUGUUGUCAGUAUUUAAAAUAGGGGGUGGAAGACUAUGGGACUGCUUAUGUGUCGUCGCUUUAGUUAAUUCUUCUUCCGUGCUUUACCUGAAUUCUUCUGGUGAUUGACAGUUGGUUGUACGGACCUGUCAAUCAUCAUCCCUGCCAAAUGCUGUUGUUGGGCAGUCAGGAGAAAAGCUGGCCUCGGCUGCCUGUCUGGAGCAUCGCCGGCUCUUCUCGUUAUGAAAACAAACUUGGCUGAAAAGACAAAAGGAAAAACAAUAAGUCUCCUUAUGUACAAAUCAUUUUUAUUUACACUUUUAUUGUAUUUUUAGAUCCUAAUUUUGGAUGCUGAUGCCGUGAUGUAAACCCAGGAACAGGAAAACCAAGCUGUAUGCAAAGUCUGUAAAUAUAAAACGUGGGUUUGUUCAUACUAGAAUACACACACGCACAGGACUGGAAACUGUAUUUGUAAACUAGCUUUGGUUUGUGUAAUAAAUUACUUUCUAUAACA